AUGGAGGUGAUUCGUGGAGAGUUAGCUGCUCUGCGCACUCAGAGCAACAUGGCCGCCACACGUUCACAGUCCAUGCCGCGGACGCUCAACAGGCUUAGUGUGGAGCAGUCCAACAGUAAUCCUGAGCGUGUCAAGAAACUCACUAAGUUCUUCGGAGACGAGCCCCCACUGCUGAGGCUCUUCUUGAAAAAGUUAGGGUAUGAGAAGUACGCCACGCUGUUUGAGAACGAAAGAGUCGGAUUAGUGGAGUUGCCGUAUUUAACAGAGGAACGACUCCACAAGUUGGGGAUUCCUCUGGGUCCUCGGCUGCGGAUCAUGCAAGAGGCUCAACUGGGAUUCCCCAUUCACGACAACACCUUGUGCAUCGUGUGAUCUGCCAUAGCAAUAAACUGUUACACAUGGUGCAGUGCCUGUCUGUUAUAAAUCAUUAGUAGGCCUUAGAUUUAUUAAAAUACAAUACAGCGUGCUAAGUAAGUACCUCAUACGUUAAUGUUUGCAUCUUCAUCUUGUUACAAAAAUCACUUAUUUUUUCAAGUCUUAUUUCAUUGAUAAUUCAGCAGACUUAGGCAUGUAAUGUAUUUAAUUUUUAGGCAGAAGGAUAAGAAUGGCAUUUAAUUUUCCCAAGAUAAAGGGUAAUGAAUGUAUUUUUGAAACUCAAAUAUGUGUGCUCAUACUUUUUGGCAUAAAAAAUAUGCUUUUGUAUUUUAUACCAUGGAACCAAAGAUUUCAUGUAGAAGGUAUCUUUUUUUCAUAAAAUGUAUAUAGUGAGGCA